AUGAGAGUGACGAGGUCUUGCGAGAUAACUGGAGGGGCUAAACUCGUAGAGAGGCUUUCUCCACUUUCCAUGCAAGUUUUGGCAGAACUGUCAUUUGCAACUGUAUAUAAUCAUGACCAAGGCCAGGAAAGUCUGUAGUUACAACUGUAGUGUUCAAAGAGUGGGCCUGAGGUUGAAGACUUACGACAACCAACCAGUCUACAUAGAUUUUGUUACAGUCGAAGUUGGGAGGAGGCUAGAGUCCAGUUUUCACGCAGUAUUGGCACAAGUCUGUCAUAUGUGUUCUUGCAACUGUAGGAUAGUGAUAACCAUAGUGAGGAAUGCAAUUUGUAUGAGUCUGUAGCUGCGGAUGGGUUGAAGGGUUAUAAGCAGAGCUACGUCAUGUGCACCAAUUUUGAGAAUUGGGGCCAAGUUAAAGAGGAGGUUUCCCUUUUCCACGCAAUCACCCGUAUGCUAUGUUUGCAACUGUAGACAAUCAUCAUCAUGGAGGAAAAGCUGAUUUUGUUAGUUGAGCAUUGUAGCUGUGACUCAGUCUGGUUGCCUGACAUCUGAUGUCAAAUCUCGAGGGUCAAAUUCCAGAAAGCUUUGUUCAAGAUAAACUUUCCUCUUUGGGCAACAUAACAGGACAAUCAUAACCAUGCAAAAGAAGCUUAUUGUAGCUCUUCGGGAGCCCUUCUUGGGUUCUGUAGAAAGAACUGUUCACUGGAUUUUAUAACUGGCUCGAAGAGCGUCUCCGUCUGAUUGCAGCUUCACACCAACCAUAACGUUCAGAACUAAGCGCUACUCUGUGAAGGUACCAACAUGGACUCACUUUACCUGUGAUGUAGUUCCCUACAUUCCUGCCUUUCUGAACAACUUGCGUGAUAUCUUCCCAUCCUACAAGUUGACAGUAGUUCUGUAUCCUCGAUGACGGUGUAUUGUAGAGCAACAAAAACAUUCACAUCUCAUGCAUGACGGAUCAAAUUCUCAAGAAAUUCGUGUCAAUCAUUCACGGCAUAGAUAAAGCAUUUUAUACGAGUGAAUGACACUGAACCUAUCUGUAGAACAGACCUAAAAAUAUUUUGAGAGUGACCGGUCAACUGUGUCAUCGUGUCCUCGCCCUUCACCAACAAAGAGGGAGGUGUCUAGACUCUGUAAGAUCUCUGAGAAGAAUUGCGAACUGUACUUGUAGACAUGGAUGAAAGUUUUCUCUGGAAAGAUUGGACAUUAUCCCCUUUGAAGUCAAGCUCUUACUCCUACGUGGACUCAUAUUGACAACCAAGGGAUGAGCUUGUAUGAUUGACUGACAUUUAAGAACGAGCAACAGAGGAGGUGGGGAAUUUUACGUUCCUUUACCCACUCUCGAAGCUUGGCAGUACGUGCAAAACUGAUAGCGACUGUUGUAUAGACAUCUGUAGAGAUACGACUGAUAUUUAUGACCAAGGGAGGAGAUGAGCGUUAUUUGGGUCAGGUACAACCUGAGCUUGCAACUGUAGCUCUAGUGGAUGAUUGGAGUAUCAUGGGAAUGUACGAAAGCUCCAGUGUAGAUUUUUUCCGUCUCCAAGUCAGGCUCCUACUGCUUAGUACGUAGCGCAUGUGCUGUCAUCGAUCCAAUUCCUUCACAUACUUCACAUCGUUCGUAGCUUUCUCAUCCGGGCAAUACAAGCCAGCUAGCCGACAGAGGCAGGUUACAAUCUGCUCAGUCCAACCAGUUGCAUAGGACCAGUCUAAUUGACGAACCCUUUUUCGUCGUGAAAUUUGGUGGAAGACAUAUACUUAAGUCUGGGCCUUGCCCUCCAGCCAAUUUUUGUAAGAGAUCAGACUCGUCCAUACACUAGUAGCAUUAGGCACAUUAGGCUCCAGCGGUCCACUGAUAUGUAAGCCAAAAUCAUCUGGCAAGAUUAUAUCUUGAUCCUUCAGUUCAUGACAAAUGACAAGUUCCCUCAGACAGUAUCAUCAUUCUAAUUCUACUGUAAUGAAACUCUGCUCAGCUAGCUAGCCUGCUAUUCUAAAUGCAGCAGGCUACUAGCUAUUUGUUUCCUGCGAGAGGGUUGGAUGAGGUGGACACUUGGAUUUAUCAUCCGCUCCCACCGACAGAAAAUCAAAACCUUUGCACUUUGCAGUGCAACCUAAAGCUUACAGUUAACUUGCCCAAACCUCAAGGAUGGCCAUAAUUAUGUCGUGCCUUUAAACGACGCAAACUGCCAAAUGCUCAGUGCACAUGGUGCAGUAGACAAGAGUAUGCAAGAGAGGUCUGGAUCUCUGAUUUGGUACAAAACCGGUGGGUUUGUACUUUAGGCUACAAGACACGUAGGCGUUUGGAAUGCACUCCGGCUCUAGAAUUUACUUCGGUUCUCUACCGACGUCUAAGAAGUGGGACUUGGAAUGGAGAAGCCUUGAGUCGAAGAAGGUGACGCCUGGAACAGUUGGGGCAAAUCUAGCGAAGACAUGAGAAGUUUUCAAGUGAGAUACAGAUUUCGGUAGACAAGUGGGCGCUGGAAACUGAAAUAAGAAUAUGGUGAUGGGGAAGUAUCAUCCGUUGAGGCUUUGGCGUCCACAUGGACGAGUGCAGAACGGUCUGGGAAAUUAAGAACGAGAGUCUUGAGAGAGUGGAAUGGCAUGGUACCAGAUGCAAUACCACUGCAGAGGAGAAACUCAUUCAUACUAGUGAGACAUAUUGGUUCAAAAGUUGGAGGCCUUCCUCCGGGUUUGGAUCCUCGAGAAAAUUACACAAUUUAACCCUUUUGAAAUCAUACAAGGCGUCUGCACACUACAUACGGCCGGAGAGUCCACAGAAAAAGGCAAAAUAUCAAAGACCUUUUAAUAGAAAUGAUUAGUGCGGAGACGGGAAAUCGGAAAGAAGGUCCUGCUACAUAUUGACACGUCUUACUUGUCCUUCGGGAGUACUUCGAGGAGAUAGAGACGCUGCAAAAGCUUACAAGAAAGGAAAGGCGAAGGAAGCAAGAAGAGAGAAAGAGAGGGACGGUCGGGUCGGCCAUGGCAGGGGUAGCAAAAGUUAAACUAACCUUCUCUGCACGAGUUCACUGUCGUUUCGAUCACUUCGAGAUCCCGUAGAGAAUCACGAUUUCAAAAGCCGAACUUGGGUACAAUUCGACCUUGUACAUCCUUGAAAAUACUGGACAGGUUUUCGUCAUAAGGGUCGCUAGCCAGGAGAGAGAACCGGUGGGGUCCGGAGGUUUCCUUCACUUUCCAAGGUCUCUCAUCAUCAUCAUCAUCCAGUCUACAUUUCUCGAAAAUUGUACCUGAGACUCAGACACCGGAGACACUCAGGCUUUCUAAACAGCUAUGUUUGAGUC